AUGCGACUUCAGAUAUUACUUCACCCUCAAUUGCGCAAAAGCCUACCUGAAUGCGCCCAUAGAGGCCUUCGGGGGAGCGUUUGGGUCAGAUUCAAGUCACAGAUCCCUCGGCCUUCUCAAAAGCACCUCUCACCACUGCCGAGGAAAGAAGCAGCUCCUGCGCCUCCUGUCAGAAGGACAGUCACACCGGUAUCUGGAAUUAGUCCCACACCAAAGACAACUAUGAGAUCCGGGCCACCGGAACGGAUACUGGUAUAUUAUGGAGGCACAGGCCGAGCUAUCUUUUUGGGAACCAUGCGUAUUACGACGGUGUUUCUUUUUGGUGCAGCCUGUUUAAUUAUUGCACCGGCAUGCUCUGUGGCUGAUUAUCCAUGGUAUAGCGUUCCAGGCGUAAUUGCUGCUGGCGCUUUACCAAUGCUAUUUGUCUCCUAUACAUCGGCUCCGUAUGUUAAUUUCAUUCAUUUGGCCUUGCCGGCAUUUGCCAGAAAGUCUCGCGAGGCAGCCAUUCAAUAUGGAAAAGAACUUCCUCCAACGGCCAUGCUGUACAUCACCAGUAUGAGAUUCAACACCAUCCCAAGGCAGACAGCAGUCCGCCUUGGAGAUCUCGUACCAGCAAAGGAUUCUCUUCGCCCUGUCAGCUUCUGCAACUUGAAACCUAUGCCGCAGCGCUGGUGGCAGGGCAGAGCUCCAACUCAAUUCUAUACUGGAGAGCACUCCAAGCCUGGUCGACAGACCUCUGCAUUCUUCCCAGAGCUUUGGGGAAGUAUUUAUCGACAGAUUCAAAAAGCAAAGUCUUGA